UCUUACAAUCCUCGAGCUCUUUGUCCACGGACCGGAGAUGCUGACUGCUAUGUCACCUUCGAGCCCUACCUGGACGCUAUCAUCAAGGACUACCAUGGCGUCAAGCAAAACGACUUCAAGCAUCCGGCACCCACUUUCGGUGACCUCGAUAAGCUGCCAUUUGGCGAUCUGGAUCCCUCUGGUAAGUCUCCAACACAAGUAAUUUGA